CACGUCAAAAUGGUGGCCACUAGGACGGGAGUACGCGUGUACUCUGCAACGAGAGAAAACACGGACGAAUGCUCCGGUGUUCCAGCCACACCGUCCAUCUGUCCAAGAACCAGAAGUGGUGCAAAUCAAGGGCAGACUCCUGCCCAGGAGAAGGCCGGCAGCCAGCUGGAUGAGAUGUCCUCAAUGAGAAGAUGCAGCCGGGCUUCCAGACGUCAUAGUCCAGAGCAGCCCUCCACCUCUGUGGGCUCCUGCCAUGAAGUAGAUGUGUCGGACCUGGACUCCUGCGACUCUGCUGUGUCUGACACCGAAAUUCCUAUCACAUGGACACGAGGGAGGAGGAGACAGCUUCUUGUGCUGAGUCAGGAAGAGGAGGAGACGCCAGAGGUGGAAUCGUGUCUGUCAGUGGUGUCCGCUUUGAAGGGGGACCGUAGCACACACCGGAGCACAAGAAGCAUGAGGAAAAAAAUUCCGGAAAGCUCUGAUCCUGUCCACGCUGAGGUGGGUGAUGUAGAAGCAGAGUCCUGUGGCUCUGUAAUGUUGGACUCCCAGAGGGUCACCAGGAAUGAGAGGAGAAGCGCUUGCACCAGGUCAUCAGCUAAACAGCAGAAUGAAGACCUGGAGGCCUCGGAUGCAGACAGUUGCACAUCCAGCAUACUGGGAGGCGAGGUGUCCAGCCCCACCACCAGCAGAGCUACUAGAUAUGGGAGGCGUGCUGCCAUUACACAACUUAUCCCCGUGCAGUUAGAUGAAGCCUCCGAAGGCUCCCGGUCUCCUGCUCCAAGCAUGCAGAGGACCAGGGCUGCAAAAGCGAAGGUGGCAGCUUCUGUCAUUGUCAAUGAGUCCCAGGCCUGUGACUUGGACGGGCUUGAAUCUGUGCCCAGGGUGACAGAGCAGAGGAUGACUCGUAGCCGAACCAAGGCCAAACAUCUGGGUCAAACGGCAGCCAUGGACUCAGACUCUGAGCUGACGGAAGUUCAUUCUCCACAGUGCAGAUCUGGCUCGGCGCAGGACAGAGGGACACCCUGCAGCAGCCGUAAAGGUUCUGGGAGCAGUGGCCGAGCUGUUCGGGCCACCAGGCUCUCAGCCAAGGCUGUCACUGGUACCCUGGAGAGUGUUGAGGGCAGGCGGCCAGCUGUAUCAACGCCCAUCAAGCCGAGUGCCCUGCUGCAUGUCCGGUGUCAGAGUGUGUUGGAACCGGCUGACGAGGGCGAUGAAUUGAAUGGCUCGAAGUUUGAAGGUAAAGUGAUUACUGAUCCAGACUGCAUGAUGCUGGAGGAAGAUGCAACGCUAACUUUACAAGAAGAGGAUCAGGAAAGUAGUGUGAUGGGUACAGAACCCACAGCAACCGAUAUUACACCGGAAGAGGCUGAAGUGGUAGAAGUAGGGCAUCGAGGGAGUGUGAUGGUAUCUAUCACUGCCUCUCAAGUGUCUACAGACACAACAGAAAAGGGAACAGGAGAGGCUGGAAUGCGUGUAGAAGAUGAGACGAACUCCACAGCAGAUCCCCAGGUCUCUCUCAGUCACUUUGUAACGGUGUCAGAUCCUGCAGUAACAGCAGCAGAUCAGCAGAGGGAGCCGUCUACUGAGAAUGCAGAUGGCGACGCCUCAGAGAUGGAACUGAGUCAAGAGAAGCCAUCAGCAGAGCCAUUACAACCACAUCAAUCAGUUACAGUGGCAAUAUGUGAAAAUACUGCUACCGCUGAAGCGACAGAAGAGACGAAAGAAGAAGAGCCAGCCACAGACAUCGGCGAUGCGGGCACCCACACAGAUGCCCUUGCAUCACAGACAGAAAAGCUGCAAGAUGAGCUUUCAGAUGGGGCUGCUGAAUCACUGCCUGAUGGAGAGGAGGAAAUGGAGGUUAGCACAAGUACAAAAGCUCAGCAGUUGGUUGGCUCAAGUGAAGUAUCACCUUCCCCUACAGAGCCCGAAUCAGUGCAGGCCAAGGCCAUUAAGGUGACGUCCAGCCAGGACCAGAAAGUCACAGUGGAGCCCAGUCCUGAACAGAAUCCCAAAAACUCAAAAGGUUUUUUCCAGACAACAGGAAUCAGCCUGCUGGACAGCAGUGACGAUGAGGACAAGGACAUGGACAUGGACUUGGAUGAAGAUGUAGAGCGGAAUGAGUGUUCUGGAGAGGAAGAGGAGGUUGAUCAUGAAGAUAUGGGGGUUACAGAGGACAAGGGAGCAGGGCCCUCCAGGAAGUCCGAGCUGGCUGCUGCAUCAGUUGAAGGACUGUUUAUGAUUGACAUGCGGCCCGGGCAAGAGGCCAAUGAACAGUAUUACUUGGAUGAUCUGAAUGAGAAAAGGGGGCUCCUAGAAGAAGAGGGAAUGGAGCAAGAAGAGGAUGAGUUUGUGGAUGAAGAGGUAGAUGAUGAUAACGAUGAUGAAGAUGCACAAAUUCUCUUCUCGAGUAGAAAUCCUCAACAGAAAGAGUUGUCCAGCCGUAUUGACCCAGGCCUCAGAGUGAAGGAGCUUGGGGGAUUAUAUGUCAAUUUUGAUGGCAGCAAAUCAAAACCUGUCUCCAGCUCCCUGGAAAAACUCCAAGAUGAGGUGAUGAAGAAGAGUGUGAUUGGUCCAGACUUUGAGAAGAAGGAUGCUGUACCUCCAUACAUUGGAUCCAAAAAGGCCUUAAAAUUGAAACACAAAGCUGAGAGAGAGAAAACAACAGGAGACGGUUGGUUCAACAUGAAGGCCCCUGAGCUGACCCAGGAGCUGAAAGGAGACCUCAAACUCCUGAAGAUGAGAGGCUCCUUGGACCCCAAGAGAUUUUACAAGAAGAAUGACAGAGAUGGCUUUCCUAAAUACUUCCAGGUUGGUACUGUAGUGGACAAUCCAGUGGAUUUCUAUCAUUCCCGAAUUCCCAAGAAAGCGAGGAAAGGGACCAUGGUCGAGGAGCUGCUGGUUGAUGCCGAGUUCAGACGCAACAACAAGAAGAAAUACCAGCAGAUCAUGGCAGAGAAAGCGGCACAUGGAGCUGGCAAAAGGAACAAGAAAAACAAGAAACUCAAGAUGAAAUAAUUCUCAUGGCUUUAUUAGACAGGCCAUUUCUUUGAAGAGU